AUGAUAGUGGCUGCCGUCUCUGGACCACACCGUCUCCCAAGAUACGGCUGCCGAGAUGGUCGGCGCUACGGAGGCCAACGAGCUACGGAGCGGGGCCAUACCGAUGGUGUCGCUCCUCCGGCGGUCCCAGAGCUGCUUGACCUCUAUAUCACCGAGUCGCCUCUUGAUUUUGGGGUUUGGGGCGACUUCGAGACCUCGUGGACGGCCCUGUGCUCUGCAGAGCAAGUAUCGACUACCGCCUACUCACACGAUAGAGGCGGGGAUGACUUCACUCGCCUCUCGCCGGAAGUUGCCUCGUACUGUGCCGCUUCGACCACGCAAGGCUCAGCACCGGAAGACUCGGGGCCUCCCUGGUACCAAGGCGUCUUGGCUGACAUGGUAGUGCCAUCAACAUCAACCUUCGAUUCAACCCAUCUGCUGCCGAACCAGGGCACUGUCGGCCGGAACAUUCUCGCUCUCGAAGGACCGCUGGAUAUUGAAGGUCCCAACUGGCAGCCACCGCCGCAAUCCCUCGUCAUCCAACCGACUAUCCUCAGAUUCCACACUCCGGAUGUCGAACGGCCAACACCAUCACCCUCGGGCAGCGUCUCGAAUGGCGACUUAUUCGUUGUGCCGACCGCGCCCAGCGGACGAGAUGUGCAGACCAAGCAGUCUAAGCGAAAGUCACCUACCGAGGACCAGCGACAGAGCCUCGCUGCACUCACAUACAAGCAAUGUGAGGCGCUUGCAUAUGUGCAGCAGACGGCCGAAGUUUACCAACUAAAGACCUCCACGAUGGCUGGCGACCUAACAUUUGUGAACAACUGGGCCGUUGUUCAUGGGCGUGAGUCUUUUGAGGAUAGUCCUAAGCAUAGCCGCUAUCUUGUCCGUAUGUGGCUGAAGAAUGAGCAUCUCGCUUGGACGUUGCCCGAGCCGCUCCGCUUUGCCAACAACAUGGUAUUCUAUGAUCAAGAAUUGCCUGAGAAUUGGAAUCUCAACCCGGGUGCUGACAUCAAGUUUGAGAUAUAUGAAAAGCAAUCUCCCUAG